AUGAUCAUCUUAUUGAGUAUAAUGGUGAUGAUAAAUCAUGUACAAGGAGAAGAUAUCACUGUCUCAGAUAUAACUAUUAAUGAUCUUGAUGUUACAACAGGGAUUCUGUUUGAGAAAACCCAAAGCUUUUAUGUUUACACUGAUUUCCUUUAUAUUCCUAUUGAAAUUGACAUACACAUGGAAUAUGACGAUAUUUCUAGGGAAAUUGCAUUAUUUAACAUAACUGAUCAUAGUAUAUAUUCAGUUGAAUUAAUCGAUCAAUUAAAGAAUUUUACAUUAUUGAAGAGGACAAAAAGGUCAUGGCCUAGUGAAGGACUUUUACCAUUCAUAGGUGAAAUUAACUCAAAAUUUACAGGAGUGGCCACCCUUAGAGAUAUUGAAAAUCUCAAAGUUCAAUCUCAAUCCUUAACUGAAUAUGUAAAUGGCCUUAAGGAAAUAAUGAAAACACAGCUAAAUUUGAAUGAGCAAUUAAUCACUGAUGUAAAGCAAAUUCAAAUUGACUUAACUCCAAUUAAAUCAACAAUAGUCAAUGUUGUGAAUGAAUUAGGAUCAUACCAAGAAAAGAUUGAUUCAACAUUCAGAGAAAUAAAGAGGAUGUUAACAUAUCAAAGAUUGAAGAUGGCUUUGGAAACCCGACAUCUCACUUAUGAAUUAUUUCAGAUGCAGUUAGUGCAGACAAUUGAUAAAUGUAAUUUACAUUAUUUAUCGGAGUCACUGAUUAAUAAAGGAAGAUUAAUUAAUCUUCUUGAAGAAGUUCAUCCCAAUCUUAAAAAUAUGAAAUUAAAUCCAGCGAUUGGGGAAUCAUCUAUUGAAAUGUAUUACUCACUUCCAUUAACAAACUGCCUAAGAGAAAAAGAUACUUUCUUUGUCCUUUUAAACAUUCCCAUAAUUCCUGACUCAUCCAAUCAAAUAAUAAUUUAUAAAGUUCGCCCUAUUCCUAUGCUAAUUAAUAACAAAAAGUAUAUCAUCAAUACGGAUAACACUGAGUUAAUGUCAUCUAUAUUACAUCACUCAUACAAAAUUGACUUAUCAACGGUUCUAUUUAGUCCUUACUGUGUAGACCAAAAGGUGUCAGGAAUUAUACAAUCAAAUGGCCUUCAAGUUAUUGAUCAGGAAUCAUGUUUGAGUCAGUUACUCAAUGGAGCUCCAUUAUCUGAAUUAAAAAUGAAAUGUUCAUUAGUUGAAUUAGGGAGAAAUGAGAUGCCAUGGGUUAGACUAAAUGAAACAUCGUGGUAUUACUCAGGUUCGAGCACUAAACUUAUAAUUGAUAAUCAAGGAGCUUGA